AUGUGGUUGCAGAUCCGCUACCUGCACGGGCGCUGGGCGCGGCUGGAGAGCUGCCGCAAGGCGCUGGUGUGGCAGAAGCGCUACCUGCAGCGCGAGCUGGCGGGCUACGGCGAGCUGGAGCGCCGCCUGCGCCCGCCCGCCGCCGCCACCGCCGCGCGCAGCGCCGGCCGCGAGCGGUUCAAAUGCGUGGCGUUGGCGGCGGUGGCGACGCUGCGCAUGGGCUACCUGGUGCGACGGCGCGAGGCGGCGCGCGCGGCUGCCGCCAGCGCGCUGAUCGCGCCCACGCCCACGCGCCACGCCUCGCCCCGCCCCACGCCCACGCCCACCGCCAGGCCUCUGCUGCUCACCACGCCGCACUCCGGCACGCCGGCGCCGCGGCGCGCGCUACGCCGGGACCUGCGCCUCACGCUGCCCGCCUCGCCCACGCCCACGCCCACCUCCACGCCCAAGCGCAUACACGCAUUACCUGAUUCAAAUCGUCGAUCUGCAUUCGAAGUGAAUUCACCACUAGAAGAGCCCUUUAAGUUGAGCAGCUCGCCACGCGACGACGCCGCCGCCUACCUGCACCGCCUGGACGCCGUCAGCCGCAGGCUGCGCGACGCCGAC